AUGCCCGUGGAACUACGCAAAAGACCGCCGCCAAAAGAGACGGCCACGCCUGCCCCGACGGCCAAACGCGGCAGCAGCAGCACCGUGAAGAAGCUCGCUGGCAAGGCCAAGGAGGCUAUUCUCCCGAAGAACACUGAGGAGAAUGGCACGACCACGACCAGCACUCCCGUUGCUGAUCCCACGCCAGCAGCGACGACCGCUGCAAGCACAACCAAGGCUACGAAUGGAACUGGCUCGGGUACCUCCAAGAUUGCGGUGGGCGAGACCGUCAAUUUGGAUGGCUUCGGCGGCACGGUGCAAACCCACGAUGGUAAGGGCGUCACGUUGAAGACCCUUGUAGAUGAAAGUCUCGCUGGCGUGGUUAUUUUCACGUAUCCGAGAGCCAGUACUCCUGGAUGUACCACUCAGGCGUGCUUGUUUAGAGACAGUUAUGCGCCGAUCACCGGUGCAUCUCUCGCGGUCUAUGGCCUAAGUACAGAUAGUCCCAAGGCGAACACUACGUUUGCUACAAAGCAGAAGCUGCCUUACCCGCUCUUGUGCGAUCCGGAUGCCACGCUGACAUCCGCCAUUGGGUUCAAGAAGCCUGGACCAGGCAAAUCCACCGCCCGAGGCGUAAUUGUGAUCGACAAGCAAGGCAAGAUUCGGUUGCACGAACAGGCCGGCCCACAGAAGACACUGGAUGCCGUUCUCGAGUAUAUCAAGACAGAAGGCUUCACCGAAACCGGAGCCCCAGCAGCUGUGGCCGCCCCACCGGCCGAUGAUCCUGCGGCGACCGAGGAAGUAGCCAAAUUAGCCGACCCGGAUGUCAAGAUGAACGAGGUGCCUUUGGCGAAGGCGCCGUCCAAGGAGGAGCAGGAAGCAGCUGACACGGCCGCCGAAGUUGGUGAGACUGCGGCUAAGAUUGAUUCGGCGGAUGGGUUGCCCAAGCCGUAG